UAUACCAUCGUCUGUCUUUUCCUUUCAAAACUCUGAUUUGUUUAAUGGAAAACGAUUUUUUUCAUUUGUUUGAAAACUUCUCUAAAAAUAUUUGCUUCCUUUCAGGUUUUUCUCCAUCUUCAACAUAACAUCAUCAUGGGUUUAUGUUUUUCUUCGACCAGGGUUGUUAGCGGCUCUAAUUGUAAACAGACAAACCGUAAACCAAAUUCAACAACGAAGACAGAAACAGUUACGUUGACGGAAACCCUAACAUUGCUUUCACUACAAGCGGCACCACUACCCACGCUUCCGUUUGAUCUUGUUGCAGAAAUUUUGUGUAGAAUUCCGGUAAAGUUACUCAUUCAGCUUCGCUGCCUCUGUAAGUGCUUCAAUUCUUUAAUCUCUGAUCCCAAAUUUGCAGAGAAGCAUCUUCGCUUGUCAACCAAGCACCGCCAUCUCAUGUUAUGCUCCUGGAACAACCCAUAUUAUAAGUUUUUUGUGUAUGAUUUCCCUAUCCAUUCUGUUUUCUCAACUUCUAGUGUCACGCAGACACAACUCACUUACCCUAUCAGUCUCAAAAGUACAUAUGGUGCACCUUUAGCGGUGUGCUCUUGCGCCGGCAUCCUUUGUCUCACCAUGCGUCAAGGAUCUGCUGUUUUGUGGAACCCUUUCAUUGGAAUGUUCAAGAUAUUGCCUACUUUGAAUAAUAGGGUACCUUUUUAUCCCUUAUACAGUUUUGGGUAUGAUCAGAAGGAGUCAUAUCAAUAUAUUUCGCAGCCUGUUUCGGAAAUGAGUUUGUAUACUUUGGGGGUUUUGAAGGAUUGCUUGUUCUUUUCUGCCAGUAAUAUCGGAGAUAUGUUUUUGGGUAUAUGGGUUAUGAUGGAAUAUGGAAAUAAAGAGUCGUGGGCUAAAUUGUACCACGUUCCUUUCAUGGUAGAUCCGGGUUUGGGGGUCUUUAUCGAGGUUUUACAUGUUUAUGAGGAUGAUCAAUUGCUGUUGGAUUUUUAUGAGUUGGGAAGUAACGAAAAGAAGUUGGUUGUUUAUGGUUCCAAAACUGGUACUUUCAAGAUUCACAAGAUUCAAAACGCCGAUCGUCGGACGGACUCGGAAGUGUUUCUUGGGAGUUUGAUAUCACCUUGUUCUUAA